AUGCGUAUCAUCGUUUCACUGCCGAAGAAUCAGAUUGGUGAUUUACGCGGUUUUACGAAGAAAAUAAGCUGUUUGUCCCCAUCAGAUAUUCGUUCUUGUCCGUUAAUAGAAAAUGAUACCUGUAAUAUUACGGCCUUUGUUCGCAUUAUAAAUGACCCAAGUUAUUCAAAUGCCGAAAGUAUUCCAUUGGCCAUGCAAAGGGCUUUUUAUCAGUUACAAGUAUCAGAUACUCCAGUUGGAACAACAGCAUUAACGAGAUGUUUUGGAUGGGAUUCGUCAGAUUGUUUUAUGCCACAUGAUGUACAGGAGUUUGAUAGAUUGCUACUAGAUAAUUUAGAGGCAAUUGGAAAAAAUCUUAACCGAUUUACAAGUGCAUAUAUAUUAGUAUAUAUCUGUGAAUCUGAUAUCGACUUUGUACUAUCUCCGGUACUUGAUAAAGAUAUACCAGAACAUUGGCAAAGACGCUUAGCUGAAGAGAAGGCUUUAUAUGAACAGAGAAAAAAAGAAGCUGAAGAGCGUCAUUUAUAUUUGACUAUUAAGAUUGUGAUUUCGAUUACUUUUGAGUAUCAUCAAGGGUUUGAUCUCGCUAAAGUGAAACCUACAGACUCUAAAAGCUAUGGUCACUCAAAAAAUCAGGAUUCCAUCUGA